AAGGAAACCAAGCAAAAAGCCACUUUCUAAACUUCUGUAUUUGAAAUUUGAUGAUUUACCGGCCAAAAAUUAACGAACAGUGGAGCUUACCUCUACAUCAACAUUCUUUUUAAAAAUGACUACCAUUCUAUCUAAUAUUUUUUGUCGUAAUAUUGAGCACCACUAAACACAGCAGUAUUCAAGGUAGCAGUGUGCACAUGCAUCUGAUAAUAUCAAAACAAUGACUUUAAUUUUUCAAUGAAACAGAUUCAAACAGAUAAUAUAAUUUGGUUUAUAAAGGCAUAAUGAAAACUAUCUUAAUUUUUUUACCAAACAGACUUUAUCAAGAAAAGUCUGGAUACAUGUUUGGUAAAAUUGUGUAUGAUGAAAAUAGGGGAAUUAAAAAAUUUUAUGUUAUCGGCACAUAUAAUUUGGAUCAUUUGGAAACACUGAAAUGUGCUAAUAUAAUUGGAUAUUAUUCUGGUACAGAAAAUAAACGUGGAUACAUAGAUAAAAAAUAUUUAGAUUGGAUUACUAUAUAUUUACACACCACUGCUUCUUGUCAAGGAAAUAUUUACAAUUAUGGUUUGAAAGGUAUCAUUGUAAAUAAUAAAAAAAUCUCAACUGUACACUAUCAUAUAGUUAUCACGAUUUAUGAUCAACUAGCUUUACAAAAAACAGAAUUAUUUGCUUAUAAAACAGCAUCUGGGGAUCACUUUUAUGAAUUAAUGAAUAUUGUACAGAACAAACAAGUGGAAAGAGAAAUACAAAAGAAAGGAAAGUUCACAUAUAUGAAAGAAACUCUGUUAGUUUAUCAUAUGCUUUUAUACUUUUAUCCAGUACUUUUCCUCAGCAAAAUAAUGAACAAAUUAUCAUUGGUAUUAAAAUAUUCAUUCCUUGGUUUACAUGUUAAUGAAUGGCUGGAAAAUCUUAAGUGGAUGUUGAUCACUGUGAUAAAGAACAAAAAAUUCACACUAAAAACUGGUAAUUAUGUAUUCGCAGUGGUGAUAGAUAUGUUAUUAGGAAUAUUUCUAUUACAAUUAUUAUUACAUUACCUUGAAUAUAUGUCUCCCUCUCAAAUACUUUUAAGUAAUGCAGAGAAAGUAGUAACAUUUUUAAAAGAUUUAAUUCAUUGGCUAAUGGGUGUACCAGCUGGUUUAAAAUUAAAUCAUGCUUUAAACAAUAUGCUGGGAAAAUUUUUUUUAUACCACAUACAUUUGUGGUGGACAUUCUUAAUAUUUAUGAAACCUGUAAUGGAUUUUGCUUUUGAAGUGCUGAUGUUAUUUGGCAAGCUUGGCAUCACGUUUCAAAUAGCAAUAGCAGCUGAUCUUUUGGCUCUUGUCAGUUUUCAUGCUUAUUGCAUUUAUGUAUAUGCUGCAAGGCUAUUUAACAUUCAAUUAAAAGGUAUUACCGCCUUAUUUCGACUAUUUUUGGGUAAGAAAAAAAAUCCAUUAAGAGAAAGAGUAGAUUCUUGUCAGUAUCAGUCUGAUCAAUUGUUUGUGGGAACUUUACUAUUUACAAUUUUAUUGUUUCUUAUGCCAACAACAUGGGUUUACUAUGCAGUAUUUACUAUGCUUAGAUUGAUGUUAAUUGGUUUUGGAGGUUUCUUGACAAGAAUGAAAUUUUAUCUUCAAGUCAUGCCUGUAUAUACAUUCUUCAAGUGGUUAUUCCACUCUUACAAUAUGUGCAGUGUUGUAAAUAUUAAAGUGCACUCGCAUGGUACAGAAGGACCAAUUAUAUUAAUAAUGACAAUGGUUGUAGCACCAUGGUGUGACACAUGGAAUAAAUGUAUACCAGAUACAAUUACGCGUCAUCCUCCUAUUGAAUGGAAAAAAAUAGUAAAUAACAUAAUACGUGGUGAAUUAUUAUAUCCGCUAUAAUUAAUUUAUUUAGUACCUGUU